AUGAAAAAGAAAACGUGCGAAACUCAGACCGAUCCUGUAGAGAAGUCGAUACCACAAAACACUUUACCUAGGACUGUUUCACCUAUGCGAGUGACAGAUGAACUAUUUCCUAGAUCGAAUCUGAUCUAUGAAAAGGUCGCCCAUGAAGAACGUUGCCCUGGAGCUGAUGAACCUUUUACUAAAGAAACACCACCGAUAUCAGUCUCUCCAGUACAUCCACUUUCCGCUUCCCUAACAAGAUUUCGGAAAGAAAAGAAAGAGGAAAAAACGUCGACGUCUGUUUUGUUCCCAAACGAUGGCUCAUACUCCUCUAUGGAAUCCAUCUGCUCACAGAAACACGACAUGAACCUUCAUCAAGAAGAGUCUAUCGAGGGGAUAAUAAUGCCUUAUAGCAAAAAGAUUCUUGAGAAUCUAACAACGUUAGUGAAAAUAAAAGAAUUCUGUGAAGUGAUUCGUGAAAGGGAAACUAGUCACUUGUAGACAUGUCGCAGUCAGCCAAAGGUUCCGACUACCUUCGAGCAACAAAAUGCGGGCACCACUAAGGACACUCUUCUGCGACGCUUGAAAUUGCGCUACUUUAAUUCACCCGAGUACAUCAUCGAACAACUGCGAUCAGCUGAGUUUGACUGA